AUGGCCUCCCUGGGGAUCCAGAUGCUUGCCAGCGCCCUGUGCCUCCUAGGUUGGGCUGGAGUCAUCAUCAGUUGUGUCCUGCCCAUGUGGCGGGUCACGGCCUUUGUGGGCACCACCAUCGUCACCUCUCAGACCAUCUGGGAGGGGAUCUGGAUGAACUGUGUGGUCCAGAGCACAGGACAGAUAAUGUGUAAACCUUAUGAGUCUCUCCUUGCUCUCAGCGCAGAUUUGCAAGCCGCCAGGGCUCUCACCGUCCUCGCCAUCGCCAUUGGAGGCAUAGGCCUCAUUCUGGCCUUUGUUGGAGGAAAAUGCACCCGCUUUUUGGAUGAAGAAGGAGGCGGGGUUAAAGGAAAGGUGGCUGUAGCAGCAGGGGCAGUGUUGGUUGCCACAGGGCUGCUGUGUUUCAUCCCAACGUCGUGGGCAGCUGGAGCAGUUGUGAGGAAGUUCUACAGCGCCUCCAACGAUGCCCAGCGGAGAGAGAUUGGAGCCAGCCUCUACAUCGGAUGGGGAGCAUCUCUCCUUCUUAUGCUUGGAGGGGGGUUGUUCAUAAGCUCACAUUGCCCUUUGAAAACUCACAAUGAAGACAAAAGCCCCUCUGUCCGCUACCUGGUGGUACGCUCCUCCAAUGGAUCGACCUCCACUGGUCAUCACGGCACAGUGCCAUCUGCAAAGGCUCAGCCUGUUGGAGCCGUGUUUCCCAGGUCUCAAAGCUAUGAUGGGGCAUCGACAAAGUCUCAGAUGUACACAAGGCCCCCCUGGGAGGAUGGGCCUGGGUCAGGCUCCAGGUUGCAGUCAGAGAGAUCGUGGGCACCGUCAACAAAGUCUCAGAUGAAAAAACCUGAAUCAACUAAAUCUGAAAACAGUGAGGCACCUUCUACAAAGUCUCAGCUGAAACGAGCAGAAAUGGAAGAUAAUUUAUCAGUUAAGAGUGACAAUGAGGAUGCAUCCUUGAAUCCGGCUAAAACAUACCUGUAA